UCGGUUCCCGAACCACGCCAGUUGUUGAGUGGCUUUCGUCGGAUGCGGACGCGUUUUCCGUGCUAUCUAGCUUCUUCGGUGACGGUUAUCGCGAUUGCGCACUGAGUUGCACGAGACGAUUUGUUAUUUGUGAAUAGAAUUCGGUCGGUGGUCGGAGGCGAUAGGGAGAAGUGUAUUCCCAGAGCACAGAUAGAGCGCGUACGUUUGCCGUCAAUCUCCAUGAGCGAAGGAACGGGAACCUUGACAUCGCGGCUCACAUAGUGACGAUACGGCCAUUCCGUCACCAAUGUUCUCCUGAAGGGAUAAGUUACAGGACUGGCAUGAUUCUAUUUUCCCAUUUGUUAUUCAGUUCGAAAAUCUAAAACGGAAAGCGCUCCAACCAAAAUGCCACCAACGGAAGCCACCAUUCCGCUAACGGAUGGCAAUCGGAUCGUGAAGCCUCCGGUCACCAUCGUUUCCAAAGAGGCCAACCGGCGACAGUCGCUGAUGCAGGAAGAUGCAACGGUACCAGAUGCAACGAUGCCCAACGAGAAUGGAAAACUUUCGGACGAACAGCAACGGCAACAACAGCAGCACCUCAGCUGGCUGGGCCGGCUCUCCUACCAUGUGUCUAUCACGAUCGGCCAGUUUUUCUACAGAUUGGGCCGAUUCAUAGCUAACAACCCGUGGCGCACGAUCAUUGCCUGUUGGUUGAUCGUCGCCUUCUGUAGUUUGGGAUUCUUGCGAUUCCACCAGGAGAAAAGCCCCAUGAAGCUGUGGGUGCCGCAAAACUCAAAAUUCCUGCACGAUACCAACUGGGUGAUCGACAACUUCAAGGAGGGCAAUCGUAUCGAAACGGUCAUGUUGACCGCACCGGAUGUACUUACGCCGGAAGUAUUACAAAAGCUUGCCGAGAUCACGGAAGAAAUUGUGAGCUUGACUGUAAUCAAUAGUCAUGGUAAAAUGGUUGACUGGAAUGAAGUCUGCUUCAAAGUUCCACUGAUAGCUGAAUACACCGCGAAUGAACGCACAAAACGGGAAGACUCUCAAUCUCUAGCAACUACAAAACGUCCGAAGAAGCAAAAGCCUUUCUUCAACCCCAGCGUUGAUCUACCGAGCUUCAUGUACUGUCCACUGAUCAACAGACUUCCAGUUGGUUGCCUGGAACGUAGCAUCCUAGAACUUUGGAAGUUCGACCGGGAAGCCAUUUCUAACCUCACCAAAGAGCAGAUAGUCGAUAAACUGAACAGCACCAAGAUCAGUCCCGUCACGGGGCACACGAUCGACUUCUCCGAACUGCUCGGCGGAGUACAGCGCGACUGGACGGGGCGGAUUGUCUCGGCGACGGCCCUGUACUCGAACUGGAUGAUACACGUCAACUACUCCGAAGUCGACUCCGAUGUCAGUGGGAAUGCUGCCGGAACGGAAGAUUGGGUUACGGAGGAGGCAAUGCUAUGGGAGGGCAAGUUUUUGGAAAAACUUGGAGAAAUGGGUGAGAACUAUACCGAUGAUGAGACGAAGAUGUUCUACGCCGCGGGGCGUAGCUACGGAGAUAUCAGUGCCGAUUCGAUGUUCAAGGACAUUGAUAAGCUGGUGUUCGGAGGAGUGGUUAUGUUCAUCUACAUGCAGUUGGUGCUAUCAAAGUUCAGCUGGACUGAAUUCAGGAUAAUACUAGGAUCCGUUGGCCUGCUCAGUGUUGGGAUGGGUUUCAUAGCUGGCAGUGGCAUUGUUUCGAUUCUAGGCGUCUCGUACGGUCCCGUGCACACGUGUCUACCGUUUCUGCUGAUGGGACUGGGAGUAGACGAUAUGUUCGUUAUGAUGGCUUGCUAUCGUAAGAUUCACGAAACUCACGCAAAUCUACCGUUGCCCGAACGGAUGGGUCUCAUGUUGAAGCACGCUGGGGCAUCUAUCACGGUGACGUCCCUCACCGAUAUCGUAGCAUUCGCCGUUGGUUCGAUUACCGUGCUGCCUUCGCUGCAAUCGUUCUGCAUCUACGCAGCAUUCGGUGUGCUGAUGAUGUUCUUUUUCGUCAUCACGUUCUACGUCGCUAUAUUCACCCUUGACGAGCGUAGAAUUGCCGCCCGUAGAAAUUCAUUCGUUCCAUGGAAGAUCCAUGACGAGAAAUCAACGCAGUUAUGGUGCCAGUAUAACCUUAUGCAUCGCUUCAUCGAAUUUAUUUAUUCAAACAUUAUUCUUACGAACAUUGGAAAAACGCUCAUCAUUUUUGCAGUCAUCUGCAUGACAGGUCUGAACAUUCAAAGUUUGAUGAAACUUCGUCAAAAGUUCGACCCGAACUGGUUCAUCCCGGAGGAAACUUACUAUAACCAAUUUAUAGUAAAAAAUCGCGAACAUUACCCUAAUAAUGGGUACGAAGCAAUGCUACUUUUCGGCAACUACAACUACACCGCAGAGUUAAAGGAAUUACUCACGAUAACUCAUAAGCUGGAGAACAGAACUGAUAUACUGCAUAGCGUGGACUCUUGGCUUGAACCCUUCCAAGACUUUGUGUACUCUAACUAUGAUCAAGAUAUCGGUGAAGUCGUGCUGAGUGAAUCAGAUUUCCGCAAAUACCUAUCGAAGUUCCUAUUCAGUCACGAGGGAGGCCGAUAUCAAAUGAACUUCAAGUUCGCAUCCAAGCUGCAGUGUGGAGAACCGGCGCCGAACAUUACCGUCACUACGAUCGACUUCAAAUUCCGCCCGUUCAGUGAACGAGAAGAAUACAUCCCCGCCAAGUACACAGUCGAAGUUCUGCUCGCCGAGAGCAACUUUACAACGGGAGAACCGUUCAAUACGCUCUGGGCGAAGAUCUUCGGUAACUGGGUCACCGACGAAAUCAUCGAUACGGAGAUCUACAGAAACAUCGCCUUGGCCAUGGUCGGUGUAAUGUUCUGCUCGGCUGUGCUGAUCGUCAAUCCACAGAUUUGUUUCUGGAUUUUCAUAUGUGUCCUUCUGACGCUGGUCAACGUAGGUGGAUUUAUGCAACGGUGGGGUCUGACCCUGGACAUAUGCUCUUGUAUUGCGCUUCAGCUAGCAGUUGGUCUCUGCGUAGACUAUGCGGCCCAUAUCGGUCACACGUUCCUAACCAUUAGUCAUGGCAAUCGCAACCGUCGGUCGCUGGAAACCGUUCUUCACAUAGGCGCCGCCGUACUUUACGGGGGAGGAUCAACCAUUCUAUCGCUCAGUGUUCUCUCUGGAUCUCAGGCGUACACCUAUCGCACCUUCUUCAAGAUAUUCCUUCUAGUUAUUUUGCUUGGCCUGUUCCACGGACUUGUCCUACUACCAGUCAUCCUUAGCCUCGUGGGACCUCCCCCCUACAGUGGCUUUAUAGACGACCCGAACAAGCUUCCCGAUGAUAUCGAAAAAGAAAUGCAACCUAUCGCGAUCAACCAGAAGCGGCACAAUGGUCAACUUGCUCACAGUGAGGAAGAGAAGCAACCGAUGAGGACAGAACCCGUACUUUGAAUGAAACAAGCACUGGAAGCGUUCCAUGACUUAUCUCGCUAAUCCCCCGGAAAGCAACGAGUGGAUUGCAACUGUUAACAAUCAAUUUGAAACAAACAUACACAAUUAGAUGCACAAAAAGUAAGUCUUUUUCUGCUGUUUUACACUCAAGCAACCAUAUUUGAAUGAUCUUGCAACAAGAGCUGUUUUUUAUAUAGGCCACGUGAUGCCAUUGUGAUUUUAAGUUUGCUAAUGUUAACUACAAAGUAUUUUUGGACAAAGUCAUUACAUGUGUAAGUGAAAAAAGGAAGGCGGAUAGAUGAAAAAAAAGCAAUUGGAUUGUACUAAA